AUGGCAAGGAGCGUAACCCGGAGCGCAGUCCUUGGUGGGACCGGAGGAUCUGCUUGGGAUGACAACAUUCUCUCGCACUCUCCUGCCAUUGUUGGAGUCAAGAAAAUCGACAUCCGUCACGGGAACCAGGUCGACAGGUUGCAGGUUACGUAUCGCUUGGCGGACGGAAGCACGUACACCGCUCCGGCCCACGGCGGUACCGGAGGCUCUUUGAGCUCCUUCACACUUGCCAAAAACGAAAGGAUUGUUCGAAUGGAAGGUAAAACUAACAACGUUCUCGUUGAUCAGGUGACUUUUGUCACACAAAACGAUGCUGGUGAGGAAAAAACGUACGGUCCUUUUGGCCAAACCGGACAAACGCAGUUCAAAGUGGAGGGUUACAUUGUAGGAUUUUUCGGUCGUGCCGGAAAUCUUUUGGAUGCUCUGGGAGCGUAUUAUCUUCCUCCACUGACAAAAAGUCCCACAUACGGCGGAACUGGUGGAAAGGCUUUCGCUGAUCCGGUUGACGUCAACAUUCCGCCUGUUGUCAACGUCAAGCGAAUGAGGAUUCGCCACGGUAACCAAGUCGACAGCAUCGAUGCAGACUACCAGCUGCUAGGAGGAGGAGUGUUGGACGGCUCCAACCACGGCGGUACUGGAGGACGACCUACGGUGGUGGAGUUCGAGGACGGUGAAUUCAUCAUAGCAAUGACGGGCAAAACCAACAAUGUCCUAGUGGAUCAGGUGACUUUCACCACCAGAAAACGUAAUGGCACUACUGCCACUUAUGGUCCUUUUGGAAAAACAGGAGAAACGAAGUAUGAGGUCACCGGAAAUAUUGUUGGAUUUUUCGGUCGCGCAGGAAAUCUUCUGGAUGCCAUUGGUGCGUUUUACUGCUAGAAGACCGAUUGGGCAGAACCAUUGGACAGAACGCUUUGAAUUGGACAACUCAUUUAAUUAGAUAUAUAUGUGAUUAAUAAUGAAAA